CUCCAGGGCCGCCCAGCGGCCCCCUGGCCGCGCGUGCUCCGGCGGCGCCUUGGAGCCAUGCCGUCCACCUCGAGCUCCUCCCGCUCGGCCUCGUCGGCCUCCCUCCCCGUGGGUCUGCACCCGACGCGCAUCGGGGACGUUUUCGGCGGUCGGUACACGGUGGAGGGCAAGCUGGGCAAGGGGCAGUUCUCCACGGUGUGGCUGUGCCGCGACGUCUCCAAGCUUUCCCGAGCGUCGACCGUUGCGCUCAAGGUCUACCGGAGCGUCGACAGGUUCGCCAAGUUCGCGGAAGAGGAGGCCGCCAUCCUGCGGCACGCCCAGGGCUGCGAGGCCCUCGGUUUGCGGCCGCCGCCUGGUGCUGGCGGAGCGGCGGCGCGGCCGGCGCCCGCCGGGAGGUGCGUGGUGGGCCUCCUGGAGCACUUCUUGCACGAGGGCCCCGACUGCAGGCACGCGUGCAUCGCCCUGGAGGGAGCCCGAGGGCCGGUGUUCGGGGUCGUGGACGGAGCUUCCCAGUCCGCCGGCAUUGCAGCCGCCGGGCUGACAGCAGAGCAGCUCACGGAGUUGGUCGAAGGCGUAGGGUGUUGCGACUCAUGCCGCGACGACGAGGACCUUGACGCGUUCGAGGAUCAGGCCUUGAGGCCGAGGGUGACCGUCGAGCGUCAGUUUGAGAUCGCCAAAGUGCCGCGCGCGCGGCCAGAAUGGGCCCUGGGGCCGAGAGUGCCCGAAAAAGCAAUCGUCGCAGUUGACGGCUUCGCGAUCGGCCAGGCCAGCGAGCAACGCGCGUCGACGAGGGGCUCGCGACCUACCCAGGACGAGGUAGAGGGAGAGAUCGCCGCCGAGGGCGCGAUGUUCUCGUUCUGGGCCCGUCGGGCACUUGUUGAUCCAGGGGCGGGCAGUGAUCUUGUCGGCCUCCAGGCUCUCGACCGAGAGUCUCGGGCAAUGGCGGAGCUGGCGUGCAGCGCGUCUGAGCUCCAGCAGGCUUUCGCCGCCCUCGCUCGGCCAGCGGCGCGCGCGGGCCGGCUCGACUCUGGGCUCAAGCCAGCGCUUCAGGAGCCCGAUCCCGAGUCUCAGCGCGCCAACCCCGACGGCGCGAUCGUCGGGGGGUGGUCGUUGGUGGCCGGUGGAGGGCUGCCGACUGUUGCCGAGCAUGCAGUGGCGCCGAUGCCGAAGGCGGCGGCGGACGUGGCCAUGGGAUCAGGACCAGCACCCGCGGUGCCGCGGGGGCCUCCACCGUGGCCAGAGACCCUCGGGCAUGGCCUCUGGCAGCUUCAGGAGUUCCCAGGGGGGCUGAAGACGACGCGGGGCGCCCAGGCGGCGGUGGGGCGCGCGGUCGAUAACGCCGCGUCGUCUCAAGUGGUUUUGGGGGACAUGGUGAUCGGUUCCUUCGAGGACUUCGGUGGGGCGAUCGAUGCGAACCAGGGCGGCGCGGCAGGCCUGCGUCGGGGUGUCAGACAGAUGCAGCUGGCGAUCGUCCAGCUACUCACCAUGAGCGUCUGGCAGUGA